CUACUCGAACUCGACAUCGAUGUCCUCGUCUACAUAUUUCAGAUGCUCCGGCCUGCUCGUGGGCUGCGUUCGCUGUCAUUCACUUGUCGAUGGCUGAGGACGCUCUGCGCGCCUGUGCUUUUUGAGAGUUGUACUGUCACGAUUAGAAGACCCAUUACCACCCCUCAGUUCCUCCCGCCUACUUUAUGGCCGUUCGUGAGGACCUUGCAUCUCGUGGAUCACUGCCCUGAUCUGCGUUCCAUGAGGUAUCCGGGGGAUCGUCUUUGGUUUGCUACGGACCCUUUGAUUUGUGGCGUCCUAAGCAGCACUUUCUUGAAAGACGCACUGCGUGCUAUGCCCCGGUUGCGUUCAGUACAUGUGGGCUUUCUGUGGAUGGAGGAACACGGUCUUGGCUGGGACGCUAUCGACGCGAUCUUGUCCGCAUCUCAGCUACGCGAAUUUACGAUCAGGACGUACCUUUUCUGCCCACGAGAAGCUCCGGCUCGGGAAAUUCCUCUCGACCACUUCGCUCGCCUCACGACCUUCCAUUACGCGCGAUUGCCAUCUCACUUCGGAUUGCACGGGGAUGUCCAGCGUGAAUCUCUUGCCGUCGUCGUUGGCAACCUCAACCUCUCCCUCGAACGUCUCCGUUUGCCCAGCGACCUCGCUCCGAUCGCGACGCUCGCAUCGCUUCCUUGGCCGCGGCUACGCGAACUCAAGCUGGACGGCGCUUAUCCGCCUAACCUCGAUGUGCCUCUCAUUUACGUUAUCUCACGAAUGCCUAAUUUGCGCAAACUUGCUCUUUUAUUUUCCUUACCUUGGGAUGACCAAAGCCAAAGGAAAGCCUUGUGGCCACGCGGAUGCUCCCUGGAUUUCCCCCUUCCAGACCUCGAGGAGUUAACGAUCUCCUAUCCUGAUCCGGAAGAUUGUUUGUAUUCCCAUCUUCCCCCCACCCUUCGACGUCUGUCACUCCGAUGUUGUCCCCAUCAUUGCGUACAUGUUUGGAAGCCUGGGGACUGUAGACGUUGGUACUCUCCCAUACCACAUGCCUCCCAACUCUGGCGGAUUUUGUCGGACGUCAAGGUCCCUCUGCUCCAACAUCUUCAGUUGGAGUACAUCAUCGACUACGCAGACGGUGCACUGCUAGGAAGCAUCGCAACUCUCUUCCCCGCCAUAUCUUCCCUAGAGAUCCAUCGCUUUCGAGAUGACGACAAUGCGAAGGUUGCUAUUGUACGUACCUGA